AACGAGAAGAAGAAGAUGCACAAUAAUUUUCUUUGUUAUGGACGAAGCGAUUUCUACCAGAAAAAUAAUAACUUGCACAGAAAAUUAAAUUUGGUCGCGAUUUUCGAAAAAAUAAGGUACUACAACAAAUUUUCUACAAUAGUGACUGACAAGUAUUUGCAUACCUAAAUAGUGUUAAAGAAAUUAGGAUGGUUUUGAAGCAAAUCUGAACAAAACGGGCGGUGUACAACAAAGUGAGUGGAAGUAGGGAGUAAUGGUUUGCUAUUUGCAAAUCGAUUAGUAUUUGUGGAAAACUGAAUUAAAAAUGUGCAUUUAAAUUAUAACCACUAGCAAUGUUUAGAAAUCAAAUCAAAUCGGUUAAAGAUGUUUUUCUCUGGCAAUAACGUGGAGAUUCACAUACAUAAUUGUAGGACGCAAACUAAUUGUAUGUGGGAAAGCAGCUGUCGAAGACAUUGAUUGUGGGGCUGAUUAAAAGGUUCAAUAAUGCGAUUAAAAAUAUUCCGCCAUGCUAAAGCCUUCCAUGACAUCUUUAAUAUAUCAGCACGUUUGCUAACAUCGAAAUUACGACCUAUAAGUGAACGCAAAAGGGUUUACAUGAAAAUGUUGGCAACCAAGUGAAUUAAAGCCUAUCGACAGUGUAGCGAUGGAAUCAUUAUAUGAAUAUACCAGUGAUGGCGAGAUUUGCACUAGUUAAAAGCGGCACCGCAGAGCGACUUUAUCAAACAGCUACAUCCAUACUUGUACUCCCGCCAAAGUGGUACAUCAGCAAAUAAGUUUGUGAUAUUUUCGUCUAUUACACAUAAGUACGAUUCAAAUCGAGUAAAGUAAUAUAAAAAACAAAAUCGACAAAUACAACCAAAAAAAAGAUACAACUAUAACAAAUUAAUUAACGACGCCGUAUUUCAACGUUAAUAUACUAUAUUGAAGUUAAUCAAGUACUUUAUAAAUAUAAACAACAUCGAUCAGUAGCCACCGUUCAACUUUACCUAUAAGUACACGCCUCUUACGUUCAUUUACACCUAUAACCUCGCCACCACCGUCAACACGUCUACCAUUCAACUUGUAAUGUUGUCCGACGCUGAUGACACCGAUGAGUUGGACACCAUUGCCGAUGUUAUGGGUUUACGCUCACUAAAUGGCCUCAAUACAUUUCGUGAAAUGUGGUAUCACAUAUUUCUUUGGGCGCUCUUCUCCUCCAUUUUCAUACACACAUGCGCGGCUUUGGUUGCUUUUGUGACCCUACGCAAACAUAAAUUCGGACGCUUCUUUUCUAUACUAAUUCUAGUAAUGGGAUUUUUAUCGCCUGCCAUGAGUGGCAUAGUAAGUAGCGCAGUGAUAGCAUUCGUGCAUCGAGCCUCCAGUCUGCCAAUGUCGCCAAUAUAUGCAAUGGUGUGGGGUGUAGGCCAAACGAUAGUGUCAGCGUGCUUAGGUUUUACACGAAUUUUGGCUACACUAUAGAAAUGUGGCGGACGCUUAAAACGGGGGGAUGUAUGGCAAAGUGAGUGAAUAACUGACAGACGGACAGUUCCAAAUACACAUACAGACACACACGUAAAGUCUUAGUGAUAAUCGCAUAGAGUUUAAGUAAAAAAUAAUAAUUAUUACGAUUGUAAAAAAUAUUAAAAUAAUAAUGUAUAUUUAUAGUUACAAGAUUACCAGUCCAUAAAUGUUCAUAUAAUGAUAAUUUAUAUUCUACAUGUGUUUAUGUAAUAAGUUUUCUAACAAAAAUAUGUUUUAGUUAUUCAUUAUUCUCUUCAUAUCCAAAUAUACAUAACAUCUGCUUUAGUUUAA